AGGAUCCCCUUUGUGUUCUUGGAAAUGUUUAUUCCCACCCCGUGUAGGCAGGGUGAGAUGAACAGUGGACAUCACAUGCAUGCUUUUCGCAAGCGGCACCAAAUGAAAACUAAUAAAGCAGAUAUCAGCGCGGCGUCGGAGGACCAUGGGAGGGUGCGCAGGUGAGCCGACGUGAAACGCAGCGCUCCGCACAUGGAACUGUCUCCUUAGACCUAACCUGUACAUUUUGAGGACAAGAGACAUGUCAGGCGACAAUAUGACAGCUGUACGCGGAGCCCAUUCAAACAAUGCUAGCCCUACGACACCGAAGGAGAACGGACACACCAUCCAGCCUGUGUCCAACUUUCCCCAUCCCUCAUCGGGGAGCGCAUCCGACAACACCCCGCUGUGCUCCAGCAGCGAGCUCACCCACACAUGGGUCCACUUUGUGAAGACUUUCGUGAUUGUUUUCCCCAUUUACGCCCUGGGCUAUUUUGAGUUCAGUUUUAGCUGGCUGCUGAUUGGACUUUUUAUCUUUUUCUGCUGGAGGAGAAACACAGGAGGGAAGCUCAGUCGGCUUAGCAAAGCGCUUGCUUUCUUUGACCAAGAUGAGCGAAGUGCCAAACAGAGUCUAACCACCUCGGAUUUACCACCAUGGGUCAAUUUCCCGGAUGUAGAGCGGGUGGAGUGGUUAAACAAGACUGUGAGGCAGAUGUGGCCGUACAUCUGCCAGGUUGUGGAAAAACUGCUCCGUGAGACAAUCGAGCCGGCAGUGAAGGAGUGCCAUGCCCAUCUCAGCACCUUCUGCUUCAGCAAGAUUGACAUAGGAAAUAAACCGCUCAGGAUCAAUGGGGUCAAGGUGUACACAGAAAAUGUGGAUCGGAGGCAGAUCAUCAUGGACCUACAGAUCAGCUUUGUUGGGAACACUGAGAUUGAUGUGGACAUUAAACGCUACUACUGCAAAGCUGGGAUCAGGAGCAUCCAGAUCCACGGUGUGUUGAGAGUGGUGAUGGAGCCCUUGCUGGGGGAUGUGCCUCUCGUUGGAGGACUGUCCCUGUUUUUCCUCAAGAAGCCACUUCUAGACAUAAAUUGGACUGGCCUCACCAAUAUCCUGGACAUUCCUGGGCUCAGCGGUUUCUCUAACAAUCUGAUUCAAGACAUAAUCUACAGUUAUUUGGUUUUACCCAACCGAGUCACUAUCCCUCUGGUUGGAGAGGAGGACUUGGCCAAGCUACGAUUUCCAAUGCCUAAGGGAGUGCUAAGGAUUCACUUCCUCGAGGCUCAGGACCUGGAAGGGAAGGAUCAGUUUCUGGGAGGACUUAUUAAGGGAAAAUCGGACCCUUAUGGCAUCCUUCAUGUCAGCAACCAAAUGUUCCAGAGCAAGACGAUUAAGGAGAGCCUCCAUCCCAAGUGGAAUGAAGUUUAUGAGGCUCUCGUGUAUGAGCCCUCUGGUCAACAUCUGGAGAUUGAGCUGUUUGAUGAAGAUCCGGACAAAGAUGAUUUCCUUGGAAGCCUCCUGAUUGAUUUGACCAAGGUGUACAAUGAACAGAAGGUUGAUGAGUGGUUUGAACUGGAAGAAGCACCUACAGGGAAACUCCACUUAAAACUAGAGUGGCUGUCUUUGUUCUCCACUCCUGAGAAGCUGGACCAGGUUUUAAGAUGUGUGCGCGCAGACAGAAGCCCAACAAAAGAUGGACUGUCAUCAGCGCUGUUGGUGGUCUUUCUGGACUCGGCUAAGAAUUUGCCAGGUGUCUUCACAGGCAGCUUAGGCUGUGGAAACUUGAGUGAGAGGAGAGCUUCAGGCUUAAUCUUUUGUGAGAGCGAUACGCCUGAGUGUAGUGCAAAUUUUAGCAACCUGUCAGAUAUCACCUAUGAUGGGUUGAAGCAAGCCUCAGUCUUUAAGGCCUUGAAGUCGGCCAAGAAGAACAGCAGUGAACCCAGCCCUUAUGUCCAUUUCACAGUAGGGCAAAAAACCCUCGAGAGUAAGGUGCGGUACAAGACCAGGGAGCCUCUGUGGGAGGAUUGCUUCUCUUUCCUUGUCCACAAUCCCACAAGGCAGGAGCUUGAAGUGGAGAUAAAGGAUGAUAAGCACAAAUCCACCCUGGGUGUCCUACGGGUGUCUUUGAGUAGCCUGCUGUCGGAGGAGGACAUGACCCUGGCUCGGUGCUUUCCUCUGAGGAACUCCGGACCGAGCUCCACCAUCAAACUAAAGAUGGCAUUGAGGAUCCUCUCACUGGAGAAGCAGGUAUCUUCAGACCUGCCCUCUGCGGUCCAGGUCAGGAAAUCCAGUGUUGCCCAGACAGUCCCGGCCCCAUCCCUGAGUCUUUCCGCCUCAGAGUCCCAGCUGCUUUCUGCCACGCCUUUAAAGCCCGUACGCGCCUCCACUCUCACUCUCCAGGACCCUGACGGCGAGCCGUACUCUGCCAGCCCUCGCCGAAGCACACCCAACCUGAGCACCAAUAUGUCUAGCUCCCAGAAAUACCUGCCUCACAAGGAGUCCACCCCCAGCCUGGCGUCGGACAUCUCUCUGCCCACUGCCACCCUGGAACUUCGGCAACGACUUCAUCAGCUGCAGAAUGGCUCGGGCCCUGGCCAGUGCCCCCUGGGUGAGAUCCAGCUCACUGUUCGGCACAGCUCCCAGAGGAACAAACUCGUCGUUGUGGUGCACGCUUGCCGAAACCUGUUAGCCUUCACCAAAGACGGCUCAGAUCCCUUCAUACGCCUGUAUUUGCUGCCUGACAAGAGCCGGUCGGGAAGGAGGAAGACGAGCACGAUAAAGAAGACUCUAAACCCUGUUUAUGAUCAAACGUUUGAGUUCAGUGUCUCCAUGGUGGAGCUGCACAGGAGAACUCUGGAUGUAGCGGUGAAGAACGGAAGGAGCAUCCUGUCCAAACACAAAGGCCUGUUGGGAAAGGUGCUGGUAGAUUUAAGUGGAGAUGAUAUAUCAAGAGGAUGCACUCAGUGGUAUGAUUUAACUGAAGAUGGUCUGUCAUCUCAAGUAAUAAGAAGAAGUCAAGAUUCCCUCGUCAUACAGUGAAACCUCUCUUGUGCUCUAAAACAACGAUUUUGUUAAAUUGCUUGAUUACAUGAGUUUCAUCUAAUUUAAAGGAAGAAUUUGGGCAUCGAAGAGGUUUUAUUUCUUUUCAGAAUAAUGAGUACAGACAUACAAUAUUAUAAAGAAGUAAAACAUGCAACCUGCCUUGUUUUUAUUUGCAGAGUUUUAUGUAAAUAUCAAUAUUGUGCAUAUUUGUAUUUGAAAACAAGAGUUUGCUGAGGUUUUCAUGGUAUUGUGUUUCCUUAAUGGAAGUUUUGUAAAACUGUAUCCAAAUUCUUAGAAAUUUCUGUGACGUUUAUGCAAAACUGUGACAAAUUCUGUUUUGUUGUUUGUGAAAAUGAACCAAAGGAACAGAUACAAACCCAAACAUAGGCCUCAUAAGUAGCACUCCUUUUUUGUUAUUUAUUUUAGCUUUGUUUUUAUUUUUCUGUCAUGCAGUGUUAUUGAUUGUUUACGUUCUUUGUGCCUGUUAAAAAAUACGUGGAAUGCACAUAUGCAAAUUGUAUUUAUUUUAUGAGAUUUGUAUGAUAUUUGUAAUGCUGAAUUUUGUCUGAGAUGCUGAGGAAAGUGGCAUUUUAGGGCUAUGAACAAGUGCCGCAGACUACAUACGUGUAUAAAAAGAGGAUACUUGAAUAAGGGUUUGAAGAGUCUCAAACCAAAUGUGAGCCAUGUAAACAAAGAAAGUUAUCUUUUGCAUUUCAUGGUCCGGUUGCUGCAACAUGUUGAGAUGAUGCAUCUUUGGUAUAUGCUUGUAAAUGUUUUGCCUUGAAAUUGUAAUUGUUUGUUGCAACUUUUUAAUACACUUCUUAUCUAUCCUGUGCCUUAAAAACCCGCGAUGUGAGUUUGUUUUUUCUUCUAAAAUAUUAACGUUUUCAGAGGAUCCAAUGCCUUGUGGAUGUGAAUAAUAAAAAUGCAUUCUUUUGGAAA